AUGGCCUCCCGUAGCCUGGGGGGCCUGGGCGGGAGCCGGGGAGGGGGCGGCGGCGGCGGUAGCGGCAGCGGCAAGAAGAGCCUGAGCGCCCGCAACGCUGCGGUGGAGAGGAGGAACCUGAUCACGGUGUGCAGGUUUUCUGUGAAGACCCUGAUUGAUCGGUCCUGCUUUGAGACAAUUGAUGAUUCUUCUCCUGAAUUUAACAAUUUUGCAGCUAUUUUGGAACAGAUUCUAAGUCACCGGCUAAAAGAGAUUUCCCAAAGUUGCAGAUGGCUGGCUCAUCUCCAAAUACCUCUUCAAGGUCAAGUAACCUGGUUUGGUUAUGAAAGUCCUCGUAGCUUCUGGGACUAUAUCAGAGUGGCUUGCCGGAAAGUUUCACAGAAUUGUAUCUGCAGCAUUGAAAAUAUGGAAAAUAUCAGUUCCUCUAGAGCUAAGGGUAGAGCCUGGAUCAGAGUAGCACUCAUGGAAAAACAUUUAUCUGAAUACAUCUCUACAGCUCUGAGAGACUUCAAAACAACCAGGCGAUUUUAUGAAGAUGGAGCAAUUGUCUUGGGUGAGGAAGCAAAUAUGCUUGCUGGCAUGCUGCUUGGACUCAAUGCUAUUGAUUUCAGCUUCUGCCUAAAGGGUGAGGGAUUGGAUGGCAACUUUCCUGCUGUAAUUGACUAUACACCAUAUUUGAAGUUUACCCAAAGUUCUGAUAGCAUCAGCAGUGAUGAGGAAGAGCUGAGGACUUUGGGAAGCAGUGAUAGUGAGAGCAGCACUCCAGAGAAUGUCAGGCCUCCUUUCAUCAUGGAUGACAAUACUUGGUUCAACAAGUUUAAGAGAGUUAAACAGAAGUAUCAACUAACCCUGGAACAGAAGGGUUAUCUUGAAGAACUCUUACGACUUCGAGAGAACCAGCUGUCUGAAUCUGUCUCCCAGAAUAAAGUACUACUUCAGAGGAUUGAAGAUUCUGAUCUGGCCCAUAAAUUGGAAAAGGAGCAAUUGGAAUAUAUAAUUGUGGAGCUUCAAGAUCAGCUGACUGUGCUAAAGAAUAAUGAUUUAAGAUCAAGACAAGAGUUAACUGCCCACCUCACCAACCAGUGGCCUUCCCCAGGAGCUCUGGAUGUCAAUGCUGUUGCCUUGGAUACGUUGCUUUACCGAAAACACAAUAAACAGUGGUAUGAAAAAAGUCAUCAAAGCCUUGACCAGUUCUCAGGUGAAGCUAGCCUUUCUCAGACGCCACUAGACCCUGGUCAAUCACAGGAAGGAGAUGGAAAACAAGAUACAUUAAAUUUAAUCACUGAAGGUAAAGAAAAUACUCCCUCAUUACUCGGUCUCUGUGGGUCUCUAACAUCAGUGGCAAGUUACAAAUCUCUAACAAGCCUAAAAUCUAAUGACUACCUUGCAAGUCCUACAACAGAGAUGACAAGUCCAGGCCUAACUCCAUCCUGAAAAAUUUUAUGUAAAAGCCAGAAGUUUUUUAUGUUGCAUAUGUCCUACUUAAAUAGUUUGCUGGCAGAACCUUUGGAAUUUCUUAUUGUUCUGGCACAUGUCUGGAAUUCUAUUGCUUAUAUUAGAGAAUUCAAUCCAUUCCAUAUAAGCCUGUGAGUGAAAAAAAAAUGAUCCUGCCAUUUUCAUUUGAAAAUUCUUAAAUUUGUCACUGAGAAAGAAUAGGCUGGAUAAAAAUACUUUCAUAGAUUCUCUAUAUUAAUAAUCCAUUGCAAAUUGUACAUACUAGCUGAUUUUCAUAUAUUUGAAUGUAUCAUAAUUGCCAGAGACUGGGUUCAAGCUUUUAUUCUGGAGCAUAAGUAUUUUCUUCUGCUCGUUUAGUCAAGGAUUAAAUUUUCUAACCAUGACUUGAUUUCAUUUUUCAUUAAUUUCUUCCUAGGUUCUAAUAUUUAAAUGUCUUUUUAAUAUGAGGUGGUUUUCAGCAAGUUUCACAGGGGCUUAUUCUGCUUUUCUUUAACAGUUAUCAUUUGGUUCAGCCUAACAUUCCACUUAACAUUUUAUAAAUUUUAUAGGAAUAUUCCUUUAGGCAGUUACUUAAUUUGUUCGGGCCAUAGGGAAAGUACUUUACAUCUUUUAGGUAAAAUGAAUAAAUUUCUUAUCUUUGUUUUCCCAAAAUUUUCUUACAAGUUUACCAAUUUAAAAAUAUCAAAUAUGCCUCAAAAGUAGGAAAACAUUUAAAAAUGUAGAAAAGAUGCUAAAAAGUUAUUUUAUCAGGAAAGAUUUCAACUUUGAUUUCAGAAGCUUUUAAAUAAGAAACAGUCGUGUAAUACCAUACUUCAUAUGCCUGACAUGCAGUGUUUUUUCCUUGUGUACAGCAAUGAAUUAUGUAAUUUGUUUUAUAGCUUCUAUCAUUAAUUAUGCCAUAAACUCUUAAAAAUGGAUGUUAAAAAUCACUACACUUCUACAGGCAAAAAAAGUUAGUUUUCUUUUUUAAAAAGCUAUGAGUUAUAUUUGAAAUCUUUCUGCAAUUUUUGGAACUGUAUCUUCUGUCCCUAAAAAUUCCACCCUACUGAAAGAGAAAGUAUAUGAAAUAUAUUUUCUAUAGUAAGUAAUAUAAGGAAAACAUCAUCAGUUGUGCCAAAGAAGUUUUAUACAUUGUUUACAUGAGGAGCCUACAAUACUUACUGGGGACUUCAUAUGCUAUUUUUGUUAAUUAAUAAAACACUACAUUCAAACUUAGUAGCUUUGACAUAUAGGGAUAACGUUCCUGCUAAAACCAUUUAUUGAAAGGAGGCAAGAACACUGAACUUAACCACGUUCACUCCUUGUUUCAGAAGUGUAGGAGUGCAGUGGUUCUCUGCAGCAUUUAGAGCUUUACUCUCAUAAUUUGAAAUUUAAGAUAAUAAAUAGUAACAAGGCUAGUCCUAUUUGUAAGACAGUUCAAAAUGUCAUUUCAAAGACAAAGGAGGCCUGGAAGCCCUUAAAAUAAGUUAUCUUAGGUGUACCAGAACAUACGCAGAACUUAAUUCUUUUGCUUUAGCACUUGUGGAAAUGCAAAUAUUCUUGAGAAAUGGUACCUUUAAUCUACUCUUAAUUGUGUAUACCUUAUUGUGACUGAGGCAUCCAAAGCAAUUUUUAAUCAGCAUGGGGGAUGAAAAGUAGGUAUAAAAUGAGGACAGUGGAAACCUUGGGAGGAGGGAGUGGGAAAUGAUUAAAAGAGGGGAACUUCAAAAAUUUGAAGGUGGCCUUAAGCACUAUUGCUGCUUUCCAAGAAUGAUCUGAGUUUAAAUGCUUUAUCAUUCAUGGUCUGUUCUCUACUAAGUACCUUUAUUAUCCUUCUGUAAUUUAAAAAAAUCAUUGUUAGAUUUUUUCCAUACAUUUUUUUAUAAUAUAGAAAUUCAAGAUUCCGUAAUUGGUAAAAUGUUUCAGAUGUGACUGAUUAUACAGUACCGUGUGCAUAUGAACAUGCUGCUAAAUGUAGAGUUAAACAUGACUUCUGAGGAUCAUGACUUUUCCUUUCUUGGAGCUCUUGGUAUAAAAAGUGUCUGCUAAUGUGAAUUCAAGUCUCUAAAUAGUUCAUUUCAUACUACUUAUAGAGAUUAUUGGUUAAUGCUUGCAUGAGAAAACAAUGUAUGUUUCAAUCUUUAAUUUUAGGUGGUAGUGUUUAUUGUUCUACACCCUCCCCAAAACAGAAUGCUGAAUUAUAUGCUAAUAUUUCCAUGUGUAUUUUGUUGCCUUGAAUACCUGUUGCAUGUGUAUUAAACAUUUUGU